AUGUCCCCUCCCCAGGCCAUCCGCAUGGCCACCACCUCCCAUUGCCUCCCCGUCGAGCCCGUCGAUGUCGAUGAAUCCCCUCGUUCCUCCGUCCCCUCCCUCUCAUACUCCAGCUCUUCUGACGAGCCAGAGGAGCCGCCCCGCCCCCGUCGCGCCUCCACCCGACUAGUCUCGCAGUAUGGCCCCGAGAUCCAGGCCCUGGUGGACGAGCCGGGCACAAAGCUGCUGGAGAGGUGCUGUGGUGGAGGAUGCUGCAUGGCCAUCACGAAGCAGGAAGGCCUUACAAUGGAGCGGGUGCCAUUGCCCGACAAUGACGCCUACCGUGCGCUGCAGCUGAAGGUAGGACUGAUCCCGAAGACACUCUCGCAUGUACCGGAUUUGCCCAAGAAGACCAUUUCUCUGCUGCCCGUCAAGAAGGGCGCCUCGCCUCUCCUUUCUCCUGCGGACUCGGCCAUCUCGAUGGGUGAAGGGGCCAAUGCUGAGUCGGUCGACUUUACCCCGUCUGCGAAGAAAGAAGCCCCUGUAGACACAAAGGUCCACCCUCCGAACUUUGUCCAGCCACAUCCUCCAUACCAUGUCUUCUCGGCCCGCAUCUUUUCUGCCCGGGAGCUUACUCGUCCUGGUGCGGAGAAGAGGACGUAUCAUUUCGACCUCGACGUCACGAAUUACCCCGAAGAGUCAGGCGUGGAUUUCAAGGUGGGCGGCGCCAUCGGGGUCAUGGCUCCGAAUGAAGCAUCUGCUGUCGACGAGCUCAUGGACCUCCUCCUCAUCCCCAAGCACAUCCGUGAUCGUCCUGUCCUCUUAAAGACCGAGAGUGGGAGGUGGCCCACCGUCUGGGGCGAUGAUAAACCACGUGAACUUAUCAGCACCCGUCGAGAUCUCCUAACCUGGUGCUCCGACAUUCAAUCUUACGCACCCAACAAGCCGCUCCUCCGUGUCCUCGCUGAAUAUGCUACCGACCCGGCUGAGAAGAAGAUCCUCCUGUACCUCUGCUCUGCUGAAGGCCAAGGCAUCUUCUGCGAUUUCCGUACUGGGCCAUAUGUCACUGUCAGCCAACUCCUCCACGCCUUCCCCUCGUCCAAGCCACCCCUCGAUCAGCUCUUGUCACAACUGCAAACCCUGAUGCCCCGCUUCUACUCCCUUUCCAACGACCCACACGAAUCCUGCGUCCCGGCCAACGGCUGCUCGCGCUUGAUCGAGAUCGCCGUCACCGUACACGAAGCUUCUGAUUGGCGUGGGGGACACCGAACCGGUGUCGGAUCCGGUUUCUUCGAACGCCAGGCCCGAAAGUUUAUCGAGGCUGAAGCCAAGGGAGAGAAGGUUGAUUUGAGAGUUCCCAUGUUCAAAGGCCUGAUGGCCAACCCUCUGGCGAAGCAAUUCGUCUCUGAUGGUCCUAUGCUCCUGAUUGGUGCUGGGGUUGGCGUUGCUCCUUUCCGCGGCUUCGUCCAGAGAAGACUGAAGAACGCGAACUGCACCAACAAAGUCUGGGUUCUCCAGGGGGUGCGUGACUCGUUACUCGAUGAGCUGUAUUCUGGGGAGUGGGGCGUUCAUGAGUCUGAAGUUAAGAAGGUCGUCCAAUCACGGAGGAGCGAUGGCAAGCAGGCAGGCAAAUACGUCCAGGAUGAAGUCCGGGCACAGAAGGACCUGGUCUGGUUCAUUAUCAAUAGCGUGGAUGGGAGAGUGUUUGUCUGUGGAUCAAGCAAGGGUAUGGGGGAGGGUGUUGAGGAGGCGUUGGUCGACGUUGCGAUGGAAAAGGGGAACCUGGGACGUGAGGAGGCGAAGAACUUCUGGGCGCUGAAGAAGGAAGCUGGGCAGUAUACUGCAGAGACAUGGUAG